CCAAGUAAGGAAGCAAACCAGUAUUGCAACCCAAGCGACGAUCGACAAAAAGGUGGAAGUGAGAAAUAUGCAAGAGGGAGUGAGGCUGAAAAAUGCCAUGCCAUGCACCUUCCCGCCCUCUCGUGUCACGAGGGACUCAGGUAGGUACGAAGGGAUAGAUAUUUGAGCAGACGAUUUUCCAUUCAAAUAUGAAGUUUUGGUAGAUUACUUUUCAAAUUCGUGGAUUCUCUCGCUGUCACAUCAAUAUUCUUAUUCGUAUAUUUUAAGCUUGAAUACUGUACCACGAUAAAGAAGUCUUCGAGUGGAAUCAAGCAUAUCCAAAAACUUCCACAAUGACUGCCGCGAAUACAACUCAUAUUCCUGGUGCGAGGGGUGCUUUACUUGGACUUCGCAUUGCACAAUUGGCGCUUGCAGUGAUUAUACUUGCGCUUUCGUCGUAUGGAGUUUACUGGCUUGUAUAUGAUGGAGAUGCACUUACAUUGGCUUCGGCCGCCAUCUCGAUUGUUAUUUGUGUCUAUGUGAUAGUAGCAAGCACCGGCGCACCGGUCAUGUAUAACUACUGGGCGAUACUCGGUCUGGACAUUAUCGCCGUGAUACUUUGGGCGGUAUCAUUCCCGAUUCUCGCCUCGCAAAUCGCAAGUGCCAUUACUGUCGAAGAUACUUGCGACUCAUAUUACUAUUGUUACUACUACAAAAACAAACGUGAAAUAGGUCUUCAGAAGCGUGCAGAGACCACUUGGGAGACAUAUAAGAAUGUGAUGAUUGCAACAUCUGCAUUGGGCGGGCUUGAAUUUGUACUUUUUGCGAUUACACUUAUCAUGCUCGGCAUUAAUCUUCAUCGACAUCGCAGUGCGGGAGGUCAUUGCCAACCUGGUGCUGCAGAUCCUAGACAGGUCGAUUUUGAAGAGAAGCAACAGCGUACUGUUACUGCGCCUGCGGAGCAAAGUCAACCUGAGGUCUAUAAUCCACCAGUCAUCCACCACUAGAUGUACCCACGACCCUGGUAUACUCAGAAGGAAAUGAAGAUAAAGGAAAGAGUGUCAAGGCUAGGAGAGGAUGUAUACGACGGAGUACGAAGUUCUGAUCGAGCUGUUGGAUGAUACCCGAAUAUUUCUUUCGUGUGUAUAAUGUUUUGAACGAAUAGGAUAAUAAGACUGUACUAGAGAAUGAGAAUUGCGAAUUGUAUGAAGCUUUUAACACGAUAUGGCCUGUUCCGUAUUGAUCACUUGAACCCGAGUGACACGAACCACUAAGAAGUUCCAGAAAGUAAGCUUUGAAUUAAGACUUAGUUCCGAAGAGACUUCGGAGAUUCCCAAUCCCCAUAUGCUCAAUGAUCCAGAAUCAUUAGUCCUUCACUAAAAGACUAGAUUCCGCAAUCACAAAGAAAAAUGUACCGAAUCUAUUCUUAUCCUUCAACAAACAGAAGUGAUAUGAAUACUAAUACCAGUGGGUAGCUCAAUAACAUCACACCAAAACAACUAUUCUCCACCUCACAGCCAACUUUUCCGUGGCAGAUCAGGAUGAUGUCUAGCUAGCUACUAGGUAGUUUGCUGACAAUUAGACCGUGACUCGAAGUAUCACCUAAAAAGUUCGGUGAUGACUCAGAUUAUUUAGAAUCACAGGACUAAUUAGGUGGCUCAGGACUAGACUAGGUAGACAUAAUAGUCUAAGAAAAAUGAUGUAUUAAUAACCUAGAAGAAUUAAUUCGAAAGUAUUACUUUACCAGAAUC